AUGAUCGCACACACCCACUCUCGCUCCAAACGCCUCAUCCUCGCCCUCCUCGCCUUCUCAGCCCUCCUCAGCCUCAUCUGGCUAAACACCCCAUCCAAAGACGAGAAUGAAUCCUGGCGCGAGACACUCCGCAGCCUGACCGUCCCCGCGAGCAACACCCGACGGAUAACCAAAGUGUCCAUGCUAUACGGGAACCGGAAUACCCUCUACGAACGGGCGCUGCAGAGCCAUCGCCGCCAUGCAGAGCGCUGGGGGUAUGGCAUGGACGUUCUCCAGAAUGAUAUCGCGGUCGGGUACUGGAAUAAACCCAGUUAUUUGCUUUCGUUGGUGAUUGAGGAGUUGGCGAAGCCUGUGGCGGAACGGGUGGAGUGGUUUAUGUGGGUUGACGCCGACACAGUUGUUAUAAACCCAGCGAUACCGCUGGAGAUCUUCCUGCCGCCAUUCGAGGUCGAGGAUAUCCACAUCAUCGCGACAAAAGACCACAAAGGAUUAAACACAGGGAUAUUCUUCCUGAGAGUGCACCAGAAGACAGUGGACAUUCUGAUAAAAACACUUGGCUACCCGGUCUACAAUCCCAAAGUCGCGCUCGGUGUGCAGGUCGACCAGACAGCCAUGGAGAAGGUCGUGGCGCAGCCCGCGCUCAAGAAUAGCGUGCUGUAUCUACCGAGGACGUGGAUAAACACGUACGAAUGGGCACAUGCCUAUGAAGGGGAUAGGGGGAAUUUACUGGUCCAUUUCCCGGGACUUGGGGACCAGCGGUGGGCGCAUAUGGCGAAAUGGUUGGAUAUUGUCGAGCAGACGCCCGAGGCGUGGGAGGUCCCCGUGAACGAGACGUGGUAUUUGGAACAGAGUAGUGCCUUUUGGGACAGGGUGCUCACUGCGAAGAAGAUUAUCUGGGAGCACGAGAAAGCGCUUGCUGCUGUAAAGGGGCCUGUUCCGAUGUCGUCUCGAAACAAGCAGAUGGAGCGCGCGGUGGAGGAGCUCCAGAAGGUAUUGUCCGAGGAACCGUACUCGGACAAGCUAAUGGACCUGCGGAUCAAAGACUACGUUAGACCCACCGUUCUAUUCCAAGUGCAUCGCCAAGCGCAUCGCAAUAUGCAGUUCAGCUUCAUUGUGGGCAAUUUGCCCUCCUUCCUGCUCGUCCUGGGGGGUGUAUACUUCCUCACGCUCGCCCACCGCGUCAGCAAGAACCCUCUCUCCUCCGUCCCUGGUCCCCAAAUCACAAAAUGGACCGACCUGGUUCUCAAAUACUACACUGUUAUCGGCCAGCGCCCCCGCUACGUGCACGCCCUGCACCAGAAAUACGGUCAUAUCGUCCGCAUCGCCCCAGACGUGGUGGAUAUAUCCUCCAUCCCCGCCGCGCGCGAAAUCCACCGCAUCGCAAGCCCCUUUCUCAAAUCCCCGUGGUACCGCCUCCUCACCCGCAAAGAUGGCGAGAGUAUCUUCUCCACCACGGACCCGGAGUACCACCGACGGCAUAGACGUCUUCUCUCCUCGCCUCUUUCAGAAGCAAACCUGCGCACCGUCGAGCCGCUCGUGAAAAGCCGGGUCCAGCUCGCCAUGUCGCGGAUCCGCGAGGAGGCCCUCUCCCCGCGCGGGGUGGCGGACAUCUACAAGUGGAUCUUCUUCAUGGCGACGGACAUCAUCGGCGAGUUGAGUUUUGGGGAUUCGUUCCGGAUGCUGGAGGUUGGGAAGAAGAACCAGUAUAUAGCGGAUUUGGAGACGGUGGCGAAGAUUGGCGGGAUUAGGGCUACGUUUCCGGUUACGAUGAAGGUUGCUACUUUUCUUCCCCUGUCGAUCUUUAAGGAGGUUGUGGUGAGUACGGACCGUAUUUUGGAUUAUGCGAUGCAGUCUAUCGAUCGGUACAAGUCGCAUCUGGCGAUGAAUCCGGAUCAGCCGAAGCCGACGCUUUUUACGAAGCUGUAUGCGGCGAGUAAGGUCAAGGAAGGCGAGGGGGAGUGCUUCAGUGAUCGGGAGAUUAGGAAUGAUGCGCAGUCGUUUAUUGUUGCGGGGAGUGACACGACUGCGAAUACGCUGGUGUAUCUCAUCUGGUCUGUUUUGAAGAAUAGCGAGAUCCAGGAGAGACUAGUCACAGAGCUGGAUGCCUUGGUGAAAACGCUUGAGAUUGAAGAGGGGAUCAAGGAUGGCCUUUCCGAUGAGCAUCUACGAGAUCUGCCUUAUAUGAACCAGGUCAUCAACGAAGCCCUGCGUCUAUACCCUGUCGUCCCAUCUGGACUGCCUCGAGUUGUGCCAGAGAAAGGCAGCACUUUGGCUGGACACUGGCUCCCGGGUGGUGCAACGGUGACUACACAGCUGUACUCGCUGCAGAGAGACUCGGAGGUAUUCGAACAUCCAGAAAGUCCUGACCCUUCUUUUGCUGUGCUGUUGCUAACGAACAGACUGCGUUGGAUUGCACCUCGCCCGGAUGGAAUUGCGCCUUGCAACAGCGUUCUUCUUCCGCUCUUUUCCGACGGCGAGAAUGUCUCUGCGUGA